AAAGAACUGUUUUUAACCAAUAUUAAAUUUCAAAAUUAUCAUAAAUAUGGGCGAAUCUCUCUGGUUAACAGAACAUUUUAAUUUGAACACAAGCACUAUGAUGGUUUUAAAAUGUUUCCAUGGAAUCUGACUUAAUAAGGAUAUUAUUGUUCAUGAAUUUCUUUAUUCCUGCCUAAUUUAUUGCUUUUCAUUGUUUCAAUCAAUAAUAUAUGUGUCAAAUAUAGAAUAUGUUUUUCAAAAAAGCAUUCUAUCGUGAAAAACUUGUUUAAAGUUGUAAGGAUUUACCAGGCUUUAAGUUUGUUCAGCUGCAAAGUGAGCACUAAGCGCUUUGCCCCGUCUGUGUCAUUGUACCAGGGUGCUUAUCUCACAUACACCACUCAACCUCAGUUCACUUCAAGCACAGUCCUUGAUCUCACUCAGCUGCAGAGAUGAAUAACCAAGAAGUAACCUAUGCAGAACUGAAGGGAGUCAAGAACUCAAAGAGGCAGAAAAGAAAACCUAGGGUUUCUAAAAGUUCCGUUUCAAUGACUGAGCAGGAAUUAACAUAUGUAGAAUUAAAUCUUCAAAAUGCUCCUCAGAAUCUUCAUGGGAACGACAAGAAUCACCACGCCAAAGGUUCACCGUCACCUCCAGAGAAGUUCAUUGCUGGGAUCCUGGGAAUCAUCUGCCUCGUCUUGAUGUCCACUGUGGUGACAGUGAUCACUGUUACUCCCUCUACUGUAAUACAGGAACAGAAUUCCUCCUCUCUCAUAACAAGGCUCCAGAAAGAAUGUCAUUGUGGUCAUUGUCCAAAAGACUGGCUUACAUAUUCCAACAACUGCUAUUAUACUAGUUUGGAAAAAAAAUCGUGGCAUGAGAGUUUGAUAUCCUGUGCUGCUAAGAAUUCUACUCUUCUUUAUAUAGAUAAUGAAGAGGAAAUGAAAUUUCUGACGUCCCUAUCGAUUGUUUCGUGGAUUCAAGUCUCUCGUGAAGGCCGCGGUCGUCCUUGGAAGUGGCUAAAUGGUUCAACUUGCAAACUACAGAUAACAGACAAAUUACCUGGUGAACAUAACUGUGCUGCACAAUCUUUAUGGGACAUUGGAGCAGAAGACUGUCAGUUUCCAAAUGUAUAUCAUUGUAAGCGUAAGCUUGAGAGUUAAAAUAUGAGUUUGGAUGCUGUUGGGUAACUUGACCUUUUAUGAAAUAGAAAUAAUAUUCUGAUUGCAUACAUUUUAAAAUGAAUUAUAUUAUUUUUUCUGAUAAUGCAUGUUUUUCAAAAACAGUUGAAAUAUAAUUGUGUGUGCUCAUU